AUGCUCCCCUUCCCUCGCCUCGUCCGCGCUCCCCUCCGUCACGUCCCUUCCCGUGCGGCAUUCUCCGGCAGGCGCUCCGUUCCCCACGACAGCGACGCGGAUGACAGCUCCGACGCCGCCGCUUCAGACGCGAUCGUUCGCCUCGUCGCCGCAGGCGGCGGAGGCCUCGAGGCCGACCUCGACCGCCUCUUUGCCGCCGCCCUCUCCCACGGGCUUGUCUCCAGCGCCCUCCGCGCGCUCACGGACCGCGCCGUUCCCGCGGAGCGCUUCUUCGCGUGGGCCUCCUCUCUCGGCAGGGGAUUCUCCCAGUGCCCCCGCGCGCACAACCUGCUCGUCGAGAAUGCCGGGAGCCUGGGCGACUACGGCGCGAUGUCGCGCGCCCUGGCGCUCAUGUCGGAGCGGAGGCUCCCCCUGACCGACCGGCCGUUCGCCUUCCUGGCGCCGUCGUCGGGUUCGUCACGGAACGGCAGCGUGGAGGAUGCGGCGAGAGCGGUCCUGGGGGCUUUGGACGGCGUCGGCGGGCCCUGCCGAGCGUCCGGCGUGUUUUCGCUUGUCAAGGCGCUGGCGUCCAUGGGCGAGUUCGAUGCUGCGGUCUCGGUGAUCGAGGAGACGGCGAGGAAGGUGCGGUACUAUAACGUCCUCGUCGCGGCAUAG